AUGCAUGCAUGCCACUUUCUCCAGGAGUUUAAGAUGCAUGGGCUGCCGGUUGUUACAUUUCUUCCUGCUCGUUCUACCCCUUCCUCCUCGUGCUCAGAUGCUUGCCUCUGUUGCUUGCUUCUCUUGCUUGCCUCUCUUGCUCAGAUGGUGGUGGUGGGGGAUGACUGUGCGCUGCCGCCGCCUCGUGGGAUUGCUGGGAGAAGAGGCCUCGCUGGGACGGUCUUUGUUCACAAGGUGGCAGGGGCAGCUGCAGAGGAGGGCAAGUCACUGGCCGACGUGGCAGCAGAGGCUCGCCAGGUGGCAGGCCUGGUGGGCACCAUGGGGGUGGGCCUCUCUGUGUGCACUGUGCCGGGCGGCUUCCCUUCUGAUCGACUCCCUGCCUCCAAAAUGGAACUGGGGUUGGGCAUUCACGGGGAGCCAGGAGCAGCAGUGGUGGACAUGCAGCCGGUUGAUGUCGUCGUUUCUCACAUGCUCAAAACCAUCAACAACCCCGACACGGGCUACAUGCCUCUCAAGCUCGGCAGCAGAGUAGCUCUCAUGGUGAACAGCCUGGGCGCAACACCAGCCAUGGAGGUCAUGAUUGCGGCCGGCAAGGCUGUAGCGCAACUACAGGUGGAGCAUGGGCUGGCAGUGGAGCGAGUGUAUGCAGGCCAUUUCAUGACUUCCCUCGACAUGUCAGGCCUCUCCCUCUCAGUGCUCAAGGUGGACGAUCAAGUGCUGCAGCGACUAGACGCCCCCACCCUCGCCCCUGCAUGGCCCAACGCCUGCCAAGGUGCCCGUCCAGCUACCAAGGUGCCAGUGCCACUCCCCCCAGCCCCACCAGGCUCUCAACCUGCAUCAGCAUGUGAGCGCCCCAAGGAGUUGACAGAGGAGGGGCGGUGCUUGGAGCGGUGCAUCCGAGGGGGCGCCCAGGCCGUGCUGGCUCUGGCAGCAGACCUGAAUGCAUGGGAUGCCAAGAUUGGCGAUGGGGACUGCGGCAGCACGAUGAGCCGUGGGGCCAAGGCAGUUCUUGAAGCUCUCGCCUCAAGAUACCCCCUAAAUGAUGCACCAGCGACAAUUAGGGAGAUGGGCGCGAGUGUGCGGUGCUCCAUGGGAGGGACGAGUGGAGUGAUAUACGACAUCUUCUGUCGCUCUGCAUACGUGAAGCUGAGGGAGCUCGCAGGGUCAGCAGCACAGCCCACCCCUGCCCACUGGGCGGCUGCAUUUGAGGCGGCGGUGGCAGCGGUGAGUCUGUACGGCGGUGCUCAAGCGGGCUACCGCACCAUGCUGGAUGCUCUGCUGCCCGCCGCUGCCUCUCUCUCUCGCAGCAUCACAGCAGGGGAGUCAGCAGCGGCCGCGCUGGCUGCUGCUGCUCAGGCUGCUGCUGCCGGAGCCGAAUCAACCAAGUCAAUGCCAGCUCUG